CUGACCAUCCUUCUCUGUCACUUGCAGCCGAAAAAACUCCCACACCACUCCCUCUCUCUCUAAAAGCCCAAACCCUCCCAAACCAAACCAAAACCGCAAAACACCUCUCUCUCUGGCUAGCGUCGGUGUUUCCUAUUUUAAUCCAAUUUUACAAGAAAACGCACCUCAAAUACACACACUAUAUAUAUAUAUAUAUAUAUAUAUAUAUUAGCUGGAAGAAGAAAAGAGAAAAAACAAAGAAAAAGCUUUGGAUCUCAGAUACAUACACCACUCAGAUCAUCAUAGAUCCCAAGCUAUAAGAUUCUGUGUUGUUGCAAUGGAGCUCGCGCAGCUAGAGGCAUUGUGCGAGAGGCUGUACAAUUCGCAGGACUCGGUGGAGCGAGCUCACGCGGAGAACACUUUGAAAUGCUUCUCGAUGAACACCGAUUACAUUUCUCAAUGCCAGUACAUUCUCGACCAUGCCCUGACUCCCUACGCGUUGAUGCUCGCGAGUUCGAGCUUGUUGAAGCAAGUCACUGAGCAUAGCUUGGCUUUACAGCUCCGCCUUGAUAUCCGUAACUACCUUAUUAACUAUCUGGCCACCAGAGGACCUGAAUUGCAGCCUUUUGUAACCGCCUCGUUGAUUCAACUCUUGUGUCGAGUUACGAAGUUUGGUUGGUAUGAUGAUGAUCGUUUCCGUGACGUGGUUAAAGAGUCAACCAACUUCUUGAGCCAGGCAACGUCGGAUCACUAUGCUAUUGGUUUGAAGAUAUUAAAUCAACUUGUGUCUGAGAUGAAUCAGCCCAAUCCUGGUUUGCCUUCAACACACCAUCGAAGGGUAGCGUGCGCCUUUAGGGAUCAAUCUCUUUAUCAAAUCUUCCAAAUAUCGUUAACAUCAUUGCGUCAACUGAAGAGUGAUGUUGUAAGUCGAUUGCAAGAGUUAGCGCUCUCUCUUUCACUUAAAUGUUUAUCAUUUGAUUUUGUUGGGACAUCAAUUGAUGAAAGUUCAGAAGAGUUUGGUACUGUUCAGAUUCCGUCUUCUUGGAGACCAGUUUUGGAGGACUCUGAAACAUUGCAAAUAUUUUUUGAUUACUAUACUAUUACAAAGGCCCCUCUUUCCAAGGAGGCACUGGAGUGCUUGGUGCGACUAGCUUCUGUAAGACGUUCUUUGUUUACGAAUGAUGCUGCUCGUUCUAAGUUUUUGGCCCAUUUAAUGACAGGAACCAAAGAAAUCCUGCAAACAGGGCAAGGUCUUGCUGAUCAUGACAACUACCAUGAGUAUUGUCGUCUUCUUGGACGUUUCAGAGUGAAUUAUCAGUUGUCAGAACUUGUGAAUGUGGAAGGCUAUAGUGAUUGGAUUCGUCUGGUGGCAGAGUUUACUUUAAAGUCUUUACAAUCUUGGCAGUGGGCCAGCAGCAGUGUCUACUACCUAUUAGGGCUGUGGUCCAGAUUGGUUGCAUCUGUACCCUAUUUGAAAGGUGAUGCACCAAGCUUGCUGGAUGAAUUUGUCCCUAAGAUUACAGAAGGUUUCAUCACAUCAAGGUUUAACUCCGUGCAGGCUGGAUUGCCCGAUGAUCUUACUGAGAACCCGUUAGACAAUGUUGAACUUCUUCAGGAUCAACUAGAUUGCUUUCCUUACCUUUGCCGAUUCCAGUAUGAGAGCAGUAGUUUGUAUAUAAUAAACAUAAUGGAGCCUAUUCUGCAAGCAUACACGGAAAGAGCUCGGCUACAGAUUGCUGAUAACAGUGAUCUCGCUAUUAUAGAAGCCAAACUUGCUUGGAUAGUUCAUAUUGUUGCUGCAAUUGUUAAGACAAAACUAAGUACCGGUUGUAGUGUUGAGUCACAAGAAGUGUUUGAUGCAGAACUUUCUGCUCGUGUCUUGCAAUUGAUAAAUGUAACUGACAGUGGACUACAUGGCCAGAGGUAUAGUGAAGUAAGCAAGCAGAGACUGGAUCGAGCAAUUCUUACGUUCUUUCAGCAUUUCAGAAAGUCCUAUGUAGGUGAUCAGGCCAUGCAUUCCUCCAAGCAGUUAUAUGCCCGGUUAUCUGAGCUUCUUGGGCUCCAUGAUCAUCUACUACUAUUGAAUGUCAUUGUUAGCAAGAUUGCGACAAACCUUAAGUGUUAUACAGAGAGUGAGGAGGUAAUUGAUCACACCUUAAGCUUGUUCUUGGAUCUGGCAUCAGGGUAUAUGACUGGGAAGCUGCUUUUGAAGUUGGAUACUGUUAAAUUCAUAGUGGCAAAUCAUACUAGGGAGCACUUUCCAUUUUUAGAAGAAUAUAGAUGCUCUCGAAGCAGAACAACUUUCUAUUAUACUAUCGGCUGGUUAAUUUUUAUGGAGGACAGCCCUGUGAAAUUUAAGUCAUCAAUGGAUCCACUUUUGCAAGUUCUUAUCAGUUUAGAGUCGACUCCUGAUUCACUGUUUCGUACUGAUGUGGUGAAGUAUGCUUUAAUUGGCUUAAUGAGGGAUCUCAGAGGAAUUGCAAUGGCCACAAAUAGUCGCAGAACUUAUGGGCUUCUGUUUGAUUGGCUAUAUCCUGCGCACAUGCCACUUCUCUUGAAAGGCAUCUCACACUGGACUGACACACCAGAAGUUACCACACCAUUGUUGAAAUUCAUGGCUGAAUUUGUCCUAAACAAAGCCCAGCGAUUGACUUUUGACUCCUCUUCUCCAAAUGGCAUACUUCUUUUCCGUGAAGUUAGUAAAUUAGUUGUUGCGUAUGGGUCAAGGAUUUUAUCUCUUCCAAAUGUUGCAGAUUUAUAUGCCUUUAAAUACAAGGGUAUAUGGAUUUCCUUAACCAUUAUUUCAAGAGCCCUUGCUGGAAACUAUGUCAACUUUGGUGUGUUUGAACUAUAUGGCGAUAGAGCACUCUCUGAUGCUCUAGAUGUUGCUCUUAAGAUGACACUAUCAAUUCCUCUGGCUGAUAUAUUGGCGUUCCGUAAGCUAACAAGGGCCUAUUUUGCAUUCUUGGAGGUUCUUUUCAGCAGCCACAUUGUUUUUAUAUUGAACUUGGAUACAAACACUUUUAGGCAUAUAGUAGGAUCCCUUGAAUCUGGUCUCAAAGGUUUGGAUACAAAUAUCUCAUCACAGUGUGCAUCUGCUGUCGAUAAUCUGGCUGCUUACUAUUUCAACAAUAUCACCAUGGGGGAGGCACCUAAUUCACCUGCUGCAAUGAAUCUUGCUCGUCACAUUGUGGAUUGCCCCAAUUUGUUUCCAGAAAUAUUGAAGACUCUUUUUGAGAUUGUUUUGUUUGAGGACUGUGGCAACCAGUGGAGUCUUAGCCGACCAAUGUUGAGCUUAAUACUAAUAAGUGAGCAGAUAUUCACCGAUUUGAAAGCUCAGAUUUUGGCUUCACAGCCUGCAGAUCAACACCAGCGGCUUUCCUUGUGUUUUGACAAAUUAAUGGCAGAUGUUACUCGAAGCUUGGAUUCUAAGAACAGGGACAAAUUCACACAGAAUCUUACCAUAUUCAGGCAUGAAUUUCGUGUCAAAUAAUUCAAUUUCUAUGAAGUAGAACUUUUUUUGUUUGAAAAUUGAAUUACAUACAUGGAAGAUGUUCGUUCAAAGAAUCCACUGUACUCCAUAAACAUCAAAUCUCGGGUCAUCAUUGGGAGAGGACCCUGUUUCACACCAAUUCCUGAAUCGCCAACAUGAAAGAGAAGCAGGUUCUUCAUAGUUGAUCGAAUUGUGGAGUAGAAAAAGUUUGAUAUGAAUCUUUGAAGUGCUACUGUAUAUUUUCACUUUGUCCUUGAAUAGGGGAGAUAGACACUCUAAAUUUGGAUGUUGUAGUAUUAAGAGGAUUUCUAAGGUUUGCAGAAACUAGUGGGUGGUGGAUUACAUUAGGAUUGGAAUUGGCUAGUGCUCGAUUUAGAAGAGCAAUUCUUUUUAGAACAAGGAAAGAUGUAAAUCAUUCAUCAGGUUUUAUAUUUCUGUAUAUUUUACCUGUUGUAUUCUUUGUACUGUCGAUAAUAGAAGAAAAAAAAAUUACCUUAUUGAUCCUA